UUUAACCUUCCCGCGCUCUCUUAGGGCACAUGAAAUGGCAGCUCUCGAUACUCUGGUUCGUCGUUCAGAGAAUUAGGGUUUCAGAGUUGGGGUUCCAUUACAGGAUUUGAGGGCUUUGGAAUUUAGGUAUUAUUUAGGUAUUCGGUUUAUAUCUCUGUAAAAUGCCUCCUAGAAGAGUUGUAGGAGCUUCUUCUUACGCGUCAAUAGCCUCUGCGAAAUCCACACCUAAAACCUCUGCAAGGAAAACCACCCCCAAAACCGCCAUUAAAACCGCCUCCAGAGCUUCUGAGACCACCAAGAAUUCCUCUGAAACAGAUAUCGAGAGUGCCUCUAAAAUCGUCAUCGAAGUUUCUGAACCCGCCAUUGAGGACAAACUUGGAACCGCCGCGAAAGCCUCCGAAACCACUAAUAAAGCGUACUCUGAAACCACCAUCAAAUCGCCUGAAGCCGCUGUCAAAUCAUCCCUUGAAGCCUCUGAAACCGUUUCCAAGUCCCCUGAAACCGCUGUUAAAUCCACCACUGAAACCACCCCAAUAGCAUAUGAGACCACCUCUAAAGUCUCUGAAACCACUAUCAGAGCCCCUGAAACAAUUGCCAAGGCCUCUGUAGCCAACACCGAAACUACCACCAAAACCACGAAGAAGAAGAUCAUCAAAACCAUUGUUAAAGUUAGGCGCAAAAAGGUAUCUCCUUCUUCAAACCUUUCAUCAACCCAAGAAGCUUCAACGACAACCGCAGCACCAGAGACCACAGAAGAACCUCAAAAUGUGGAGUCUGUGGAGCCCGAUUCAACUAGGGUUAGUGUACCGGAGGACCAUAGAAGGGCUUUUUCUGAAAUCAAAGAAGACAAACCAGUGGAAAAUUUGAGGAGAGAUAAAAAAUUGAAUGAAGAAGAAAAACCAGUGGAAAAUUUGAAGGGAGAUGAGAAAUUUGAGGAAAAUGCAGUGGACACAGAGAAAAGCAUGGGAAUAGGAAUUGAAUUAGCUGGAAAAUCUGAGGUUUCAGAGAGGAGGAAGAAGAAGAAGACUGAGAUCUUUAUUGGGGGUUUAGACAGAGAUGCGACUGAACAAGAUAUACGCAAAGUUUUUGAGAAAGUGGGUGAAAUUGUUGAAUUGAGGCUCAUGAUGGACGGUGAGACUGGGAGGAACAAAGGUUACGCAUUUUGUCGAUAUUCAAAUGCAGCUGAGGCCAAGCGGGCUGUCACUGAGCUAGCAAGAGUUGAGGUCCGUGGAAAGCAAUGUGGAACCGCAGCCAUGGAGGACAAUGAUACAAUAUUUCUCGGCAACAUUGACAAGAAAUGGAAGAAAGAUGAUAUCAUAAAAUUGUUGAAUGAAGCUGGUAUUAGGAACAUUUCUAUGGUUAAAGUUAUGAAUGACUUAAAUAAUUCUGAUAUGAACCGUGGUUUUGCAUUCCUGGAGCUUGAAACGAAUAAAGAUGCUCUGAAUGCCUUCAAGAUACUUCAGAAGAAGGAUGUCUUUGGACAAGACAGAAAUAUUAAAGUUUCUUGGGCUGAUCCUUUGAAUGAUCCAGAUGAGGAAGAAAUGCUGAAGGUAAAAUCAGUGUAUGCAGAGGGAAUUCCAUCUUCCUGGGAAGAAGAUAAAGUGAGGAAACACUUUAUGAAGUAUGGAGAGAUCUCAAGGGUUGUUCUUGCACGAAAUAUUUACUCAGCCAGGCGGAAGGAUUUUGCAUUUGUCAAUUUCACUACACGCGAGGCUGCUCUUGCUUGUAUUGAGGCAUUCCCUAAGGAUGAAAUAUUUGAUGAGGGUUCAAAGGUGAAUAUUAAGGUGUCACUUGCAAAGCCUGUUCCGAAGGGUAAACCAAAGUCAACAAAUGAGGAACAAGCCAAACCGAAACCAAAAGCAUCCCAACAACGACCAGGCUAUACACAGUCCAAUCCUCCUUCGAGCAAAGGAAAAUUUGUUAGUAGAGGAAGCAACCUAAACAGUGGUUCUCAUACAAAUUCUUCUACAACUGAUGAAAUUCUAAAGGUUUUGAGGGAGCAGGCAUCCUGGAGACGAGAUCCAUUAAGUGCAGACAGAGUUUCCUCGGUUCAGGAUUAUAGGGAUACAUUACUAGGAGCCAAACGCCCUCUACCUGCAUUGGGUGAGGAUUUAUAUAGUUCUGAUCUGAGAGGGCAUCCUCGUACCCGUCUGGACAGCAUGUAUCCAACUGGAAGCUCAAGUUAUGGAGCAUCGAUGCAUGGGACUCCUCCUGGAGCAUCUCCCAUGCAGUUCUAUGGAAUGCCACCUGCUCGAUAUGCAGAAGGUGGGUCCACCAACAUUAGGACUCGAUGCACCUUUCUUAGCAAGGGCAUCAGCGAGGAAAUUGGCCUCAUGCCAGACGAGGGUCCACAAAGUUGUGAUUGACCUGCUAAUCUCAAAGGUCUCGUGGAAGAUAUGGGCUAGUUUCCACGGGUGGGCUGCCUUUCCUGAGGCCCAGGAGAUGACACUUUUAGAAUCCCCUCCUUCCGAGAACAGCUGGGAUUGAAUGCCCUUAAUCCAUCGAGCAAAAGCAAAGCCAAUUGACUUAGAGAAGGAAAGGAAGGAAUUGCCCGCAUGGUCUCUGAAUAUGCUCCCUAUUCCAGCUGGUCCAGGGUUGCCAAGGGAGGAACCAUCAAAAUUAAGCUUAAGUUGGCGUGGUUCAGGUGGCUGCCAUCUAACAGCACAACUCACCCUGGUGUGGUAAGAUGUAACAACGCCUGCCAAUUAAGCGAAAAAUCCACCAAUGAAAACUACUUGAACCGUUUGUAGUUUCUUGGCCAGAAGGUCACUAAGGAUCUAAUGUGCUCCUUGGCCCCUUCCGAGGUGGCUCUAGUUCUUCUGAAAAUGCGGCUGUUACACUCAGUCAAUAAUACCCAAAGGGUAGCAGAUAUGGUCGCCUUCCAUAGCAAGAUGCCUGCCUUGGGCCACGGCAGAAACUGAAGCAUGUUGAAGAGGCAAG